AAUUUAACUGCAGCUUCGGCAUCACAACAAAAGUUACAAAUCAUUCUCAGGAAACGGUUGGCUGUGUCGAGAAGGUCGAGAAAGACUUGAGUUCGAAUAAAUUAAAUUAAGCAAGCAUUCAGUGUUCACCAAAGAAAAUGGCAAAAGUUAAGGAAAUGACGAUGUACGAUCUUGCCCAACAAGAUUAUCAGGUCCUGGAGGAAAUGAUCUCCAAAGAUCCAUCGCUCAUCACCAAAAAAGAUACGAAUGAACGCUUCCUGCUUCACUGGGCUGCCCUGGGAGGGCGCGAUUUGCUGGUGGAGGAGCUUCUGAAAAGGACACCGGAGCAGUUGGAGGCAACCGAUGAUACCAAUGCUACACCGCUGGUUUUGGCCACUCUGGGAGGCCAUCUGAGCACCGUUCGGAUGCUGGUGGCCAGAGGAGCUAACGUAAACCACAAGAACUGGCAGGGACAUUCCGCGCUGCAGUAUGCCUGCUCCAAGGGGCAUUUCGAGAUCGUAAAGUUCCUGCUGGAACAAGGCGCGGACAUCAACGUAACGGACAACCGACACGACACAUCGCUGCACCGUGUGGCAUCGCAAGGCCGGGCCGAAAUCCUCAAGUAUUUGCUCGACCAUAAGGCCGAGGUGAAUGUUCAGAAUGCGGAAGGAAAUACGGCGCUGCAUUUGGCUUGUGAAGACGAACAGAGCGCUUGUGCCAUGCUAUUGGUCGAGCAUGGAGCUUCCGGUACGAUUCAGAAUAAGGAGAAAAAGACACCUCUGGAUCUGGCCAAACCAGGACUGAAAAGGAACUUGAAGAACAAGCUUGGAAUUUCUGAUGAAUAAAAUUGGAACGGGUUUUCGUGCGAUAUAA